AGCCUUGUAGCCAACAUACAACCGAAAACAUUAAAGCUCUUUAGACCAUUUUUGUGAAUAUUGAUCUCGGUGUUUUUAACACAAUCCUCUUUAUUAUCUACUAUUUAACUUAAAGUAAUUUGCUUGUUAAAUGUACAAAUGUGUUGAUUAUACUGAGUCUAGCACUAAGCUUAUCGUUAAUGCUAGCUAGCCCGACCAUGAACUCACUGAACGACUACCCUCCUGUUAAAGAAGAGGCGGUCUGCUGGGCGGAGAAAGAAGCUCUGGGACUGAACAUUGUCCUGAAAGAAGAGAAGGAUGUUACAGUAAAAAGAGAGGAAGAAGCUUUCAGAAUGAAAGAGGAGGAAGAGGAGGCUAUCAGUGUCACAUUGAAAGAAGAGGACGAUGUUACAGUGGAAGAAGAGAAAGAGCAUUUUAGAGUGAAAGAGGCAGAGGGGAUAGAGGCUGUCACAGUGGAAGAAGAGGAGGGGAUAGAGGCUGUCACAGUGGAAGAAGAGGAGGGGAUAGAGGCUGUCACAGUGGAAGAAGGGGGAGUAGAACAUUUCAGAAUGAAAAGGGAGGAAGAGGAGGCUGUCACCUUGAAAGAAGAAGAGGAGCGUGUUUUGGGAGAUGAAGGAGAGGAAGAGGAGAAUGAAGAUCUGAUUAACACCAGAGAGAGACUAGACUCUCACUCUGACAGCAGAAAGAGUCCUUCGGGGGGACCAGACCCAGUGAAACCCAAACCAGCGAGACAACACCACUGCUCCCAUUGUGAAAAGAUAUUUUCCCUAUCAUGGGCCCUAAAAAGGCAUGAGAGGACACACACAGGAGAAAGGCCUUUCCAAUGUUCCCAGUGUGGAAAGAGUUUUACUUUGUUAGGAAACCUGAGGGAGCAUAAGAGAAUACACUCUGGAGAGAAACCUUACCACUGUUCCCAGUGUGGAAAGAGUUUUGCCUGGUUAGGGAGCCUGAAGCAGCAUGAGAGGAUACACACAGGGGAAAAGCCUUUCCAAUGUUCCCAGUGUGGAAAGCGUUUUACCCGCUUAAGGAGCCUGGAGGAGCAUGAGAGGAUACACACAGGGGAAAAGCCCUACCAAUGUUCCCAGUGUGGAAAGCGGUUUACCCAGUUCGGGACCCUAAAAGAGCACGAGACAACACACGCACAAGAAAAGCUCUACCAAUGCUCCCUGUGUGGAAAGAGUUUUAUCAAUUUAAGACAUCUGAAUAAGCAUGAAAGAAUACAUACACAGGAGGAGAAGUCAUACGACUGCUCUCAUUGUGGAAAGACAUUUUCCCAGUUAGAGGACCUGAAAACACAUGAGAGAAUCGAGAGACUGUGUUCUGACUUGUGUUUUUGACCUGAAAAUUAUGUUUUUUUUAUGCCAAAUUAAAUCAUAUUGUUUAUAUGAAAUCAUUAACAAAAUAGACCUACUUUUUUCAAGUUUUCAUCUGGAGUUGAUAAAUACUAUAAAUGAUAAAUACUAUACAUGAUAAAUACUAUACGAACUUUCAUCCAUUGCAUACGAGUAUAAACCCCUCUAAUAUUGUUCAUUAUAUUUUUGGGAUAUUGCUAAAUGUUAAUUAUUAUAUAGAUGAAUGGAGUUUUGGAUUUCUUGAUUCUAACCUUAAACCUCUUGGAUUGGAUGUGAUCUGGCUUUUCGCUAAAUGAAUUUGAUUUGAAUACAUGAUUUAGAUAUUGCACCAUGUAAAUGAUUGAAUACAUGAUUUAGAUAUUGCACCAUGUAAAUGAUUGAAUGAAUUAAUAGAAUGAGCAUUUCUUGAUUUUGAACUUUGAAACCUCUUGAAUUCAGUCGUUUUGUAUCAUUGAGUUGAUAUGUGAUAUGUGAUGGCGUUUUUAUAAAAACAUUGAUUGUUGUUGAUGUGAAAAACAUGAAUGUUCCCAUCAAUGUUAUUCCACUAUGUAG